UCCUGCAGGCUGUCACGUGACCGCGUGGCACCUCCCACUUUGCUGCACCUCCACUCCUGCAGGCUGUCGUGGCGGGAAUGUCCGCUACCGGAAGGUGAAGCCAUGGACCAUUCCGAGCUGUUCGAGAGCGUGCGGGACGCUGUGGGGCACGGGGUCAAGUUGACCCUGAGGCGCAAGGUGCAGCUGGAGGUCAAAGGUGAAAAAGUGGAGAACAAAGUGCUGGCCUUAGCACCACAUCGAGCCUUUCUGCUGUCAGCACGCAUCCCAUCCAAGGUGGAGCACUCCCUCAGCUACCUGGACAUCAAAGGUAUCCAUAGCAACGAGGCCACCCAGGUGGUGGUGGAGUGUGAGCGUGGAGGCUGGACUCUGUGGUGUGGUUCUGUGGAGGACGUGGACCAGGUGCUGGCUCACAUCGGAUGGUGUCUGCUGAGGAUCAGCCCCGCCCAGAAGCCCAUGAAGAAGAUGAGCGUCAAGCAUCCGGAACGAGCCGCCGCCCUGCAGGCCUUCUGGGACCAGCAGGGCCCGCCGGACCUGGGACCUUGUGGUGGUUUCUCUCAUCAGUACCGCUGUGUGUGUGAACACCUCCACCUGCCCUGCAGGGAAGAGGUCCAGUGGGAUGUGGACACUAUCUACUUGAGCCAAGACACCAGAGAACUCAACCUGCAGGACUUCAGUCACCUGGACAGCAGGGACCUGGUGGCCAUUGUUGGCGUCCUGGAGUUCAACCAGUGGUUCACCAAGUUGAUGGCCAAGGACUGCAAACUGUCUACAGAUGUGUGUGAGCAGAUCCUGAGAGUUGUGUCACGAUCUAGUCGCAUUGAGGAACUGCUUCUGGAAAAUGUUGGACUCAGAAGUGACUUUGCUCAGAAGUUGUCGAUGGCUCUGUCCCAUAACCCCGCCUCCAGCCUGCACACUCUGCACCUCAGCAACAACACUCUGGAAGACAAAGGUGUGUGUGCUCUGAGUGUUCAGCUGACCAAACAUGCGAUGGGCUUGAAGUAUUUGAACCUCAGUAGGACCUCCUUGUCUCCUAAAGGUGUGAACUUCCUGUGCCAGGCGCUGUGUGAGAACCCCUGCAUGGCCGCCACCCUCACACACCUGGACCUGUCAGGAAACUCUCUCAGAGGAGAUGACCUGCAGUACCUACACAACUUUCUGAGUCAUGACAACCACUUACACCUUCUAGACUUGUCCUGCACUGACUGCUCUCUGGAACAGACGUCAGCGUGUCUCCUCCAAGGUUGUUUGAAGCAUCUCCAACUUCUCAACAUGUCCAAGACUGUCUUCUCUCACAGGAAAUGCAAAGAAGUUCCAGCAUCCUUCAAGCAGUUUUUCAGCAGUUGCCUGGCUCUGAGUUCCGUCAACAUGUCAGGAACCAGACUUCCUUCUGAGGCACUCAAGGCGCUGCUGCUGGGUCUGGGCUGCAACCCCAACCUCAGCGACGUGUCUCUGGACCUAAGCGGCUGUGAGUUGCGCUCGGCAGGCUCUCAGAUCCUGGAGGGUUGCAUAGCUGAGAUUCCCAACAUCUCCAGUCUGGACAUCUCGGACAACGGUCUGGAUGGGGACCUGAGCACCCUGCUGGUCUGGCUGGCCAAAAACCGCUCCAUUCGCCACCUUUCCCUGGGAAGAAACUUCCACAACAUCAAAUCAAAGAACGUGGCGCCGGUCCUGGACAACCUGGUGCACAUGAUCCAGGAGGAGGAGUCACCUCUGACCUCGCUAUCGCUAGCAGACUCCAAGCUGAAGGGCGAGCUCGCCAUUGUCCUCAACGCCCUGGGCAGCAACGCCUCUCUCACCAAACUGGACAUCAGCGGGAACGCCAUGGGCGACAUGGGUGCCAAGAUGCUGGCCAAGGCCCUGCAGAUCAACACCAAGCUCAGGACCCUCAUCUGGGACCGAAACAGCACCAGCCCACAGGGUCUGCAGGAAGUGGCGUCUGCGUUGGAGAAGAACUUCACUAUCCGAUUCAUGCCGGUUCCUAUUGUUGACGCCGCUCAGGCGCUCAAGACCAACACGGAAAAGACAGAAGAUGCACUGAUGAAGAUGGAGCGCUUCCUGCUGAGGAACCACGAGUCCCGGAAGUACCUCCAGGAGCAGGCGUACCGGCUGCAGCAGGGCAUCGUCACCAGUACCACGCAGCAGAUGAUGGACACCAUGUGUGUGAAGGUUCAGGAUCACCUGAACUCGCUGAUGUUCUCCCAGAGCCACGUGGUCCAGGACGAUGUGCAGGUGGCGGAGAAUUUGAUGAAAGACGCCAGGAACUCCAAGACCCUCCUCCCUACCCUCUACCACUUGAGGGGCGGCGACCUGCACGGCACCGUCCAAGAAAAACUGGAGUCUCUGGCAGGGGACGUGGCGGCUGCGAUGGAUGAUGAACUGCAGACAAUUUUGGCGUCCAUGUUGGACGCCGCCGAGGGUCUGUGUCCUCACGUGAUCAAGAGGAGCGGCCUUCGUUCAGAGCUGUUGCGGGCGGGGACCGAAAGAAUGACCGUGCCUCGCAGCUUCAUCACCGCCACGCUGCUGGAGCAAUCGGGCGUCGACAUUGUCAACAAGAUCAGUGAAGUGAAACUCAACGUGGCGUCCUUGGUCUCUGAUCGGAUCGUGGACGAGAUCCUGGACUCUUUGUCUGCGUGGCAGAACACGCUGGCGGAGCAUGUGACCAGGAAGGGCCAGCCUGCACUGCGUCCGGAGUCUCAGGAGACGGAGGUUUUGGACGUGACAGUUCUGCGUACGGAGAGCCCGGAGGAGGAAGGCGAGCACCCGCCGGAGCACGUAGACGCUUGCACGUUGACGGUCAAGUCCAAGAGAAAGAGUAUUCUGGUCCGAAUGCUGCGGCCGGUCUCGGUGGCGUUUGAGAUGGAGUUUGACCUGGACAAGGCUCUGGAGGAGGUGCCCAUCGAUGUGGUGGACACACCUCCUCCGCAGUUGAACAAAGUGACUGCGCCGCCACCGGUCCUCAAUUGGGAGGAACUACCGCCCCCAGUACCCACUUGGGAGGAACCGCCGCCCCCGGUCCCCACUUGGGAGGAACUUCUACCCCCAAGGCACACCCCGCUGGAACACCACACCAAAGUGAGACCACGACCCAAGAAAAGAAGCAAACCCAGCAGAGUCGGGUGUGCCGCCACCGGUUCAGCGCCUCAGGGGGCGGCGCAUCAGGGCAUGGGGAAGCUGGACGAGGGCAUUGAUGAAUUCUUCUCCAAGAAGGUCAUAAAAGUCAGCCUAAAACGUUCCAGCGCUCGGGCGACACCUUCCAGCACGCAGGAGGCGGCUGAAAAGAAGCCAGAAUCCAGGAAGAGUGUUUUUUUCAACCUGAUCAAAACUCGGGCGAGUUGCUCGGAGAAGAGCCAAAGUACCGCCUCCGUCAGUCCGCCACCACCCGCGUCCCCCACACUUGCUCCACCCACAUCUUUGGUCGGCAAGGAGCCGCCACCGAUGUCCCCUGUGGAGCCACACCCGGACCCGCGGCUGACGGACCACGGCAGUUUUGAGGCGGACGUGGAGGAAGAGCCCGAGGUCCGCGUGGAGAAGGAGACAGAGGUCAGCGUGGAGAAGGAGACCGAGGUCAGCGUGGAGAAGGAGACCGAGGUCCGCGUGGAGAAGGAGACCGAGGUCCGCGUGGAGAAGGAGACCGAGGUCAGCGUGGAGAAGGAGACCGAGGUCAGCGUGGAGAAGAAGGAGACCGAGGUCAGCGUGGAGAAGGAGACCGAGGUCAGCGUGGAGAAGGAGACCGAGGUCAGCGUGGAGAAGGAGAUCGAGGUCAGCGUGGAGAAGAAGGAGACCGAGGUCAGCGUGGAGAAGGAGACCGAGGUCAGUGUGGAGAAGGAGCACCCCCUGGUCUCGCAGCAUGUUGGCGUUCCUGUCCUGACCUCGGAGCUUCUGGCUGAGAUGAAGGCAAAGCAGGACCAGAUGGCGUCUCAGAAGUCCUCCUCAAAGCAAGAUGGCCGCUUGGACGCCGUCCAGCCAGGACCGGAGGCCGCUCCUCGGUCUGACCUCCCCGCCCCCCCUCAGCUCCACACACAAGAGCCAAUGGAGGAGCAGGAAGUGUGUCACACUGACUUCCUGUCUGAAACUCUCAAAGCUCCACUUCCUGUUCCUCGCCUGAAGACAACGCUGUCUGGACCGCAACACCCGAACCAAGAUGGAGGUGAGUCCAGCAGCAAGUUACGCUCGUCCUUGAAGACGUUUGCUGCUCCAUCAAGUCAACAACCACAACGAUCACAGUCACUUCCUGCCAAAAAGUGAACUUCACAAGUGCGUCCUUCUGAGGGGGCGGUGCCAACGUUAUCUGACAGCCAAUCAGACGAGCCUCCUGACUCCUGACUCCUAUUUCCUGUCACAUGACUGCCUUUGAUCUUUUAUACUUUUAUAUUAGUCCUCUCCAAUUAUGUGUAACUUUCUUUUUUGCAUCCACUCAUAAAUGUACUCCAAUAAAAACGUUAAAAGGCCUGGUUACCAUGA